GCUGGAGCUCCUCUGGGGAUCUGGAGGAGGAUGGAGCGAGGAGGGGAGAGUCCCAUGACCCAGGACAGUCCUGAGCGGAGGGGAGGCAGCCCGGACCUCAGCGGCCUCCCACCGCCGGGGAAGAAGGGCCGGUUGGAGCUCAAUGGGAGCCCCACUGGGCCACGCAUACGCCACAACGGAGCCCCACUCAGACCCCUAGGAGGUCUGAUGAUUCCAGUCUUCUGUGUAGUGGAGCAGUCAGACGGAGGGAUUCAGACGGACGGAUGUGAGGGAAGAGAGGAGCAUGCAGAGUUUGUGCUGGUCAGGAAGGAUAUUCUCUUCUCUCAGCUGGUGGAGACGGCUCUGCUGGCCCUUGGGUACUCCCACAGCUCGGCGGCACAAGCCCACGGCAUCAUCAAGGUGGGAAGGUGGAACCCCCUGCCUGUCCACUUCCUGACUGACGCACCAGAAGCUACAGUAGCCGACAUGUUGAUGGAGGUCUACCACAUGGUCACUCUACGCAUCCAGCUGCAAAGUUUUUCGAAGCUGGAGGAUCUGCCGUGUGAACAGUGGAACCACGCGACUGUCAGGAAUGCUCUCAAAGAGCUGCUGAAGGAAAUGAACCAAAGCACUCUGGCCAAAGAGUGUCCCCUGUCACAGAGUAUGAUUUCCUCCAUAGUGAACAGUUCGUACUACGCCAACGUCUCCACUGCCAAAUGCCAGGAGUUUGGUCGUUGGUACAAGAAGUAUAAGAAAAUGAAAGUUGAAGAAGUAGAGAGAGACAACAUGGCCGACUUCUGCGUGCUGGGACAGAGACCUCCCCCCCACCUGGCCGGCCUGGCCCAGCUCAGUCACCUGGGACCUCCCCAGCAGCAGCCGUCGCCCCACGGCCCCCUCCACCACAGCCCUCCUCUCCGUACGGGCCAGGUGCCUCCUCCUCCGCCCCCGCCCCCGCCCGGCGCCCUGCAGCCCCUGCUGGGGCCAGGUGGGCUGCUCUCCCCUCAACUCUCCCCGCAGCUGGUGCGUCAACAGCUCGCCAUGGCCCACCUCAUCAACCAGCAGCUAGCCGUUAGCCGCCUGCUGGCCCAUCAGCACCCGCAGGCCAUCAACCAGCAGUUCCUCAACCACCCGCCCAUCCCUCGGGGUUCAUCCAAAGGCGGCGGCGGCGGCGGCGACCAUCCCGGGAGCAACCCCUCGGCCUCCGAGGUCUCCUGUGAAAUCUACCAGCAGGUCAGAGACGAGCUGAAGAGAGCUAGUGUCUCCCAGGCCGUGUUCGCCCGUGUGGCUUUCAACCGCACACAGGGCUUGCUGUCAGAGAUCCUGCGGAAGGAGGAGGACCCUCGCACAGCCUCGCAGUCUCUGCUGGUGAAUCUGAAAGCAAUGCAGAACUUCCUCAACCUGGCCGAGAGCGAGAGAGACCGCAUCUACCAGGAGGAGAGAGAGCGCACCAUGAACCCUUCAGUCGGCCUCCCGGCCUCCAACUCCUCCAACCCCGGCCCUCCACGCCUCUCACAGCCGAAGCCGUCCGGCCCGCCCCCCGACCUCCCACUGAAGCUGGAGUCGCUGGUCAACAUCACGUCAGGCAUCUACGACGAAAUUCAGCAGGAGAUGAAGAGGGCAAAGGUGUCCCAGGCUCUGUUCGCUAAGGUGGCCGCCAACAAGAGCCAGGGCUGGCUGUGUGAGCUGCUCCGGUGGAAGGAGAACCCGAGCCCGGAGAACCGCACACUGUGGGAGAACCUGUGCACCAUCCGGAGGUUCCUGGCGCUGCCGCAGGCCGACAGAGACCUGGCGUACGAGGAGGAGUCCAGACACCAUCACUCGGAGAGGCUGCACACCGUCCUCCACCUGCCGCAGGACACACAGGCGCUUCACAGGCCACCCCCGGCCCCGAUGAAGGAGCACCGCAUGUCUCCGAUGCGUGAAGAGCAGUUAUCUGCCCCGGUGAACGAGGAGGGCUUACAGAAUGUGGGAGCAGGAGCUGCUGGCAGCUGUCCACCUGGCGCCGUUGGCAGUGCCGGGAGCAACAAGAAGCCACGAUCACGCACUAAGAUUUCCCUGGAGGCCUUGGGUAUCCUGCAGAGCUUCAUCCAGGAUGUUGGCCUGUACCCGGACCAGGAGGCCAUCCACACCUUGUCUGCGCAGCUUGACCUGCCCAAACACACCAUCAUCAAGUUCUUCCAGAACCAGCGCUACCACGUCAAGCACCACGGCCGCCUCAAGGAGCUGGGCGAGGGGGCUGCGGCCAGCGGAGGCGUGGACGUCAGCGAAUACAGAGAAGAGGAGCUGCUUUCAGGCUCAGAGGACCCGGAGUCCAGUGAGGACGGAGCAGAGGAGAUCUACCAGUCCACAGAGGGGAACUGUGGGAGCGCUGGAGGGCUGAACCAGCCACCGCUGGCCUCCUCCGGCUCCAAAUCUAACUCCAGCUCCAGCCAGUCGUCCUCAGGGACCAAAAAUGCUCAGGAGGAAGGAAUGGACAAGGGGCACGGCCGGCCUGGUGGCCCCCUGGGCCCCGGGAGCUCCUCAUCCAGUCCCAGGGAGCCGGCCGACUACCAGAGGUAGAGACUGACACACAGAGAGGAGAGGACAGAGAGAAAGAGAGAGAGAGGGAGAGAAAGCAAGAUGAAGAAAAAGCUGUGGAACUGGUCAUGAAUUAAAGGAGGGGGGAACGUCAAGAAACCAUCAGGCUGAAAUAAUGUAUACAUCGCUCAAACAACCAGACGGAGUUGAUCUCAGACAGACAUCUGUGAACACCUGAUGUGGGGAGUAAAAUUUACCUCAGCGAAAAGACAGCAGCUUUGCGGAGCGCUGUGCCACAGCAGCGUUUGUGUAACUGUGAAAGAAAGUUUCCCCAAUCCACAUUUAAUUAACUCUCACAAACAGGUAAUCCACUGCUGCUCAUGUCUACAACCUAAACAACAAAAUCUCCAAGUGUCAACACUUUCUCUUAAUCUAAUCGCCAGAAAGGACACUCUUUCGGGAUUUCAUCGGCUUCGGCCAGAAGUUGUUCCUGUUCCUCCUCUUUAAAGUCUCAGCACAGUCACAUAGAGCUGCCUACACACGAUAUAAGCGAUUUGCUCUCUGCGCACCGCUAGAAGCUGUUUCCCAUUGCUAAGUAACGACAUGCUGUUAUCUCAUUGGUUGCGCUUUCGAAAAGGUCAGCGGCAAAUAGGUCAAAGUUUAAAUAAUUUGAACUUUGAGUGCAGCGCAAAGUGGCAAAUCCGAGCGGGUGCAUGACGUCAGGGGUAGCGCAGUGCAUAGUUGGGCGCCACCGCCCUCCCCAUAGGAAAUCAAUGGAACAGCCGGCGCAACGCGGUUUGGCCGCCUAUCAUGUGUAGGCGGCUUAAGACGUACUCCCUACAUGCCGGGGGCUUUCCGUGACCUCUACAAUCCCUCUAAAUCCUCAGGACACACACGGAUGUAGCUAAUGCUGUCGCCUGCCUGACAAACGUGGACGGACGGCACUUGCUGUUCAUCCUCCAAACGUCAUCUCAUCUUGAAAAAAAAGAAAAGAAGGAAAUGACCCCCACCACAACCUGCCCUUGCCUCAUUGGGAUCAGGCAUCGAGAAACGGUACCUUUUCAAAAAGAAAAAUUACAAUUCCAUUGGAAUCGUUUGGAAAAUUUGGAUUCGAAUUUUGCUCAUCGGUUUCCAAAUUUAACACGUGCAAGUUUUGGUUUCCUUUGCGGCCACCGUACUUCUAAGCGCUCGUUGUGUUGUAGCUUAUGGAGCACAAUAAGCGGCGCUCAUUUGUUGUUAAAAUAAAUCUCGGGGAAAAAACUGUAAAUCACCACUGAAUCAAAAUAAGAUUUUCGUCUGCGAAAUAAGCAGGUGACCCAAUCAGAAUUGUUCAAAUCAAAACGAUGCCCAACCCUAACGUGACACUCCAGAAUCACCACCAGUCCGAUCUAGCACUUACUGUUCACGGAGACACUGAUAUUUUGUGGAUUUGAUGUACUCUUGCCUCCCUCCCUCCCUCCCUCCGUCUCUCCUCUCGAGGCUCACAAAACAGUGUGAGGUUAAAAUAUGACAGUGAAAUGACAGUUUGGCGGGAGGAAAGUGGACCGACAUCGAGAGGAUGUGGCGUGGACGGACACUGUACUGUAUACCCAACACUCUGAACCCUUCCUGGCACCACCCCGCGUAUGUGCGGCGAGAAAAAAUGUCAGGAAAGGAAGGACACGGAGCGGAGAUUCAGCAACCAAACAAUCAGUCACUUUAUGUGCGGUAGUCCACUCGUCCUCUCCUCUCUCCAUCUCCCUCUCUCCCCCCUUUUCCUCGCUCUAAUUGGUGCCCACAGUCUUGUGUUUCACCACACCUACCCGCACUUAAACUUCACCAACCCUAUUUAUUGCUAUCUUUAUCCAUGAUUAUUAUUAUCAUUAUUGUUAUUAUUGUUGUUAUUAUGGUUAGAAUUGCUGUCAUCGCGUGUUAUUUUUAGUUUUUAUUUCCAUCGUUUUAAAUAUUGGUUUUUAGAAACUGGGCGGUGGUUUGGGAAACAAGAGACAUUAAGAGUGCUCUGCCCUAAAAAAUAAAUAAAUAAAAAAAAAGAGGAAGAAAAGGAGCGGAGAGUGAAAGAAAAGAAAAAGAAGCAGUUACUGAGUGUUAUUGGGUACAAAAAAAAACAAAAGUCCUGUCAUGUUGUAUUAUGCCUUUUUUAAUAGUUCCCAAAAAUAGCAAAUGAGAGAAAUACUUAAAUAAGAAAGCAGUUAUUUUGCUGCGGUUGAUGACAAUCUACUUUUUUGAGCCAUUAAAGAGAAUGUGGCAGGUUUGACUCAUGUUCUUCACGUUUGAUGUCUGUAAAUACCCCACACGGGAUAAAUUGUUAUUGAUAUACUUUUAUUUUUCGCUGAGUGACUUUACGUGUUUGAGCCAGUUUGGAGUAUCAGAAGAGUGCUGUUUUUUUAUUUUUAUCUUCCUUUUGGACAACUCCAGUGAAAUCAGUUCAUUGUGCCAGGCCAAUUCAAUCACGAGAGUAUUU